GUCAAAGGAGAGAGGAUCACCAAGCAUUCUUGUGCCGUUUCUGCCCCAAAAAUCUCUCCCCCUCCCUCUCUUUUUUUUCUCUGUUAUAUUUUCCCUAUUCAAAAAUCAUACCCCUGAUGACUUUGGUAUAAUACUGGUGCCUGGUAGUAACCGGACACAAGCCAAAUCCAAACUAGAACCAGAAGAGGAGGUGUCUGUUCUUGUCCGCCUUCCUCUGCCAAGCAAAGAAGCAAAACCAAGACCAAGGCCAAAAAAUUUUACCCAGCAAGCAAGUUCCAACCAAGAAGAGCCCUUCAAAUUCAACAUGGGCGGAAGGGAGGGCAUUGCAGUGGCAGGUGGCCAUGAAUCCGGCCACGGUCUGUUCAGAGCAGACAUCUCCAUGACAGAGGCGCAAGAAGCAGCAGCGAAGGGGUACCAGUUCUCUCUCUCCUCGCCGUCGACGUCCCCCACUCCGUCCCCGCCGCCACCAGCUGCGGCUGGCGAUGGUGGGGACGCCACUCCAGUUCCGCUAGCCUGGAGUCUGGGUGGGGACAAGCCGAGCGAGGCCUCCGGGAACAACGGCGUGCAGACGGCCGCGCAGACUGAGCACGCCAACCUGAGCUCCGGACGCCGCCGCGGCCGGCCGCGCGGUUCCGGGAGGCGCCAGAUCCUAGCCACCCUAGGGGAAUGGUACGCCCUGACAGCCGGAGGGAGCUUCACACCUCAUGUGAUCAUCGUGGGUACUGGGGAGGAUGUGGCGGCGCGCAUAAUGUCGUUUUCUAAGAAGGGUCCACGCUCGGUCUGCAUCCUCUCUGCAAAUGGGACAAUCUCUAAUGUAACACUGAGGCAGCCGGAUCCAUCUGGUAGCACCUUCACCUAUGAGGGUCUUUUCGAGAUUCUGCAAUUGACGGGCUCCUUCACAAUGGCUGAGGAAGGUCGGAAGAGAACCGGUGGGCUCAGUGUCUCUCUUGCUGGCCCAGAUGGCCGUGUAGUUGGCGGCGUGGUGGCUGGGAUGCUGCGUGCUGCAAGUCCUAUACAGGUGAUCGUGGGGAGCUUCCUGCCCAACAGUCUGAAGCAGCACCAGAGGAGGAUGACCUUGCAGCAGCAGCAGCAGCAGCCACCUGCCUUCCCGGCACCACCAGCACCACCAGCACCUGUGGCUCCCCCUCCUGUGCUCACUGCCGCCAUGCCAAUCUCCCAGGCAGGUUUCGGCAACGGCUUCCACGCACCGCCACCAUCUGUCGUGCCUCCACAACCCCAUGCCAGCACGGAGCACGGCGCCAUGAACCUGAACUCAACGACGGGCUUCACCAUGGUUGGCUGGCCUGCGAGCUCCCCGCCCAUGCCGCACAGGGCCUCUCCUGACAUCAACGUCAGCUUGACUCCCCAGGAGUAGGAGGAGCCGGUUAUGGCGGCUGACUGGUUGCCGUUUUCUUUUGUUGCCUCAUCCCUGACACAUUUUGUUAUGUAGGGCCUGGCUGUUAAUGUAGAUGCUAGAUUAAGGGCGGUUUAGCCAAGAUCAGUAGGAUGUGGUAGAUGCUCUAAUCUGUUUUAAGAGGAGGUGCCAGUUUCUGAAACAGUCAAGACUAUUGUGCCGUCACUGACAGUUAUGUUAAUUCUGCUUCGUCCAUCA